AUGCUUCACUGUCUAUUAAAGGAACCCUCCCUGGAUCCGCCGGCGCCGGCGCCGCCGCCGCCGCACCCUUCCCCAAACCCACCUAACGUUAUUCCAAAAUAUCCCCGAAACGCACUCAAUCAACUGAGCUGCCAGGCCAACUUCCGGCUCAUCUGCGACCACCUGGUCGACAUCACACGCCGGAGGAAUCUCCCUGGAGGCCGAGCCCUCCACGCCCACGUCAUCAAAUCGGGCUUCGGCGCGGUCCCUCUCGUCUGCAACAACUUUAUCAACUUCUACUCCAAGCUCCAGCUACCUCACUCGUCGGAGCAGAUCUUCCACGAGACCCCCGUCAAAUCGUCGACAACAUGGAGCUCCAUCAUCUCGUGCUUCUCUCAGAACGAGCUCCCCUUUCGCGGGCUCGAGUAUUUCAAGCUGAUGCUGAAGAAUAAAGGUAUGGUCCCCGACGACUACAUCUUCCCCUGCGCGACCAAAUCGUGUGCGAUGGUCAACGACCGCCGGUUGGGCCGGUCGGUGCACUGCUUAGCGAUUAAAAUUGGGUUUGGCCUGAACGUGCACGUGGGAAGCUCUGUGGUUGACAUGUACGCCAAAUGCGGGAGUUUGGUGGACGCUCGGAAGUUGUUCGACCAAAUGCCUGAGAAAAAUGUGGUGACUUGGAGUGGGAUGAUAUCCGGGUACACGCAGAUGGGGGAACAUGAGGAAGCCAUGAGGCUUUUUAAGGACGCGUUUUCUGAAGGUUUGGAGUACGUUAAUGAUUUCACGUACUCGAGCGUGAUACGUGUAUGUGGGAACUUGACCCUUUUCGAAUUAGGCAGGCAAAUCCACGCUUUAUGCCUGAAAACGAACUAUGACCGAACCAGCUUUGUUGGGAGUGCUUUGAUCUCAAUGUACUCGAAAAGCGGCGUGAUCGAGUGCGCUCACAGAGUGUUUAACGAGGUUUCGGAUAAGAAUUUGGGGUUGUGGAACUCUAUGUUGAUUGCUUGCGCUCAGCACACGCACACGGAGAAUGUGUUUGAGUAUUUCAAGAAAAUGCAGAAUACUGGCGUGAGGCCGAACUUCAUUACGUUCCUGUGCAUGCUCUAUGCUUGCAGCCAUGCUGGCCGAGUGAAUGAAGGAAAACGCUAUUUUGCUAUGAUGAGGGAAUACGGCAUAGAGCCCGGCAGUCAACACUAUAGUUCAAUGGUUGACCUGCUCGCACGAGCUGGCAAACUUGACGAGGCCAUGAAAGUAAUCGACGAGAUGCCGAUGCUGCCAACAGAGUCCGUCUGGGGAGCUUUGCUGACCGGGUGUCGGAUCCAUAAAAAUACAGAGCUAGCUAGCUCGGUGGCUGAUAGGGUCUUUGAAUCCGGGCCCGUGAGCCCGGGCCUUCAUAUGCUUCUGUCUAAUGCUUACGCGACAGCUGGAAGGUACCAAGAGGCAGCUAAAGCUAGAAAAAUGCUCAAGGACCGCGGGCAGAAAAAGGAAACGGGUUUGAGUUGGGUCGAGGAGAAUAAUAGGGUCCACACGUUUUCAGCAGGUGAUAGAAAGCACGAAUUGUGUGGCGAGAUUUACAGAAAACUGAAGGAAUUGGGCAAAGAUAUGGAGAAGGCGGGUUAUGUUGUGGAUAUGAGUCACGUGUCGAAAGAAGUUGACGAUGAGGAAAAAAAACUGGCGAUAAGGUUUCACAGUGAGCGGUUGGCGAUCGUGUUUGCGUUGAUUACGUUCCCGGCCGGGAGGCCGAUUAGGAUUAUGAAGAACUUGCGUGUUUGUGGUGAUUGUCAUGUCGCGAUAAAGUUUAUGUCCAAGUGCACGGGAAGGGUUAUAACGGUGAGGGAUAAUACUCGGUUUCAUAGGUUCGAGAAUGGGGAGUGUUCUUGUGGUGAUUAUUGGUGA